CUGAUAACGCCAACUCAGCGUUAUAAAUACCCAGACCUUUCAGUGCGAGUGAACAGAAAUUUGAAAAGUUGAAGAAAAAUUCAACCUGGCUGCAGUCCAGAAGAAAUGAGGAUGUUUGGAGUGUUGUUUCUGUAUUUAAUUUUACAGAUUAGUACAGGAUGUGCUUCAGGUGCACACGUGACCAGCUGCGAUGCGUGCCACUCUGAAGCCACCUGUCUGAAACUGGAGGAGAGAGGAGACGUGUUAUCCACCACUACCACACUGUCCUGCCAGUGUAAAGAAGGAUUCAUUGGUGAUGGCAUCAACUGUUAUGAAGUCAAAGUAUGUGGGGGCGACUCCUCCUGCUGUGGUGCCGGCUAUAAGUGGUCCCCAAAACAAGGCUGUGUGGAUGUAGAUGAGUGCUCUCUCACGCCAUCUAUCUGUGGUCUGUCUCAGCACUGUCAAAACACAGAAGGAUCAUUUGAAUGUGUCAAGAAUACAGAUCUUCUCACAAAAGAAAGUGCCUCAGUACAUGCUGUGCAGUUUGUGUGUGGAGGCAUUGUAUGUCCUCCUGGCAUGGACUGCAUUAGUCGCAAUGGGACAGCCCACUGUGGUGAUCCCUGUGAGUAUUACACUGUUUUGGAUGAGCCAUGGCGUUCAACAGAUAACAGAUAUAUAGAACCAGCCAAAUGUGACCGUCAUGUACAUUGGCAGGGCUGGUAUCGUUUAUUUUUGAAUGGCACCAAUGCCCAAAUACCAGAGAGCUGUGUAGAGCAGUACAUGUGUGGUACCCAUGCACCUAUGUUCAUAACUGAACCUCAUCCUACUCAGUCAAAUGACAUCGAAACACGCAGAGUUUGUGCCUCAUAUCGGUCCACAUGUUGCAACUUUGACUCCCCCAGUAUCCACGUCAAGCGCUGCUAUGGACAAUAUUAUGUCUAUAAACUUGUGAGACCAAACUAUUGUUCCCUUGCAUAUUGUGCAGAAUUGGAAGGUUCAAGCAGACCCACACAGGCUCCAACCACAGUAAAGCCUACUCCCACUCCAGGGAACCUGACCACUCCUGGCUACAGAAUUUGGGUGGAGGGAGAGGUGCGCCUGGUCAAUGGGGGGAACAGCUCGUGCUCUGGACGAGUGGAGAUCUUCCACCAAGGACAGUGGGGCACCGUGUGUGAUGAUUCCUGGGGGACGCUGGAUGCUCAGGUGGUGUGCAGGCAACUGGGUUGUGGCAGGGUGCUCUCUGCUCCUAUGGGUGCUCGUUUUGGACAGGGCACUGGCCCCAUUUGGAUGGAUGAUGUGGCGUGUACAGGACAGGAGACUGAGCUAUCCUACUGUCGUCACAGGGGCUUUGGGAUCCAUAACUGCGGCCACAGUGAGGACGCGGGUGUGGUGUGUGAAGCCCUCUCUCCGGUGCGACUGGUGAACUCAGCAGACCGCUGCUCUGGCAGAGUGGAGGUGUACCACGACAGUCGCUGGGGUACAGUGUGUGACGAUUCCUGGGACCUGAAUGAUGCUAAUGUGGUGUGCAGGCAGCUGGGCUGUGGCACAGCACGAGCUGCACCUACAAAUGCAGCUUUUGGACAGGGCACAGGACCCAUCUGGAUGGACGAGGUACGCUGUUUGGGAUCUGAGUCGUCAGUAACAGACUGUCGCCACAGUGGAUUUGGAAUUCACAAUUGUGGUCACAUCGAAGACGCUGGUGUCAUCUGUGAAGCUCCACUUCCUACUCCACCUCACUUUAUCACCACCACCAUCCCCACCCCUGAGUACAACAGCACUGGGGUGGAGGGAGAGGUGCGCCUGGUCAAUGGGGGGAACAGCUCGUGCUCUGGACGAGUGGAGAUCUUCCACCGAGGACAGUGGGGCACCGUGUGUGAUGAUUCCUGGGGGACACUGGAUGCUCAGGUGGUGUGCAGGCAACUGGGUUGUGGCAGGGUGCUCUCUGCUCCUAUGGGUGCUCGUUUUGGACAGGGCACUGGCCCCAUUUGGAUGGAUGAUGUGGCGUGUACAGGACAGGAGACUGAGCUAUCCGACUGUCGUCACAGUGGAUUUGGGAUCCAUAACUGCGGCCACAGUGAGGACGCGGGUGUGGUGUGUGAAGCCCUCUCUCCGGUGCGACUGGUGAACUCAGCAGACCGCUGCUCUGGCAGAGUGGAGGUGUACCACGACAGGCGCUGGGGUACAGUGUGUGACGAUUCCUGGGACCUGAAUGAUGCUAAUGUGGUCUGCAGGCAGCUGGACUGUGGCACAGCACGAUCUGCACCUACAAAUGCAGCUUUUGGACAGGGCACAGGACCCAUCUGGAUGGACGAGGUACGCUGUUUGGGAUCUGAGUCGUCAGUAACAGACUGUCGCCACAGUGGAUUUGGAAUUCACAAUUGUGGUCACAUCGAAGACGCUGGUGUCAUCUGUGAAGCUCCACUUCCUACUCCACCUCACUUUAUCACCACCACCAUCCCCACCCCCGAGUACAACAGCACUGGGGUGGAGGGAGAGGUGCGCCUGGUCAAUGGGGGGAACAGCUCGUGCUCUGGACGAGUGGAGAUCUUCCACCGAGGGCAGUGGGGCACCGUGUGUGAUGAUUCCUGGGGGACGCUGGAUGCUCAGGUGGUGUGCAGGCAACUGGGUUGUGGCAGGGUGCUCUCUGCUCCUAUGGCUGCUCGUUUUGGACAGGGCACUGGCCCCAUUUGGAUGGAUGAUGUGGCGUGUACAGGACAGGAGACUGAGCUAUCCGACUGUCGUCACAGUGGAUUUGGGAUCCAUAACUGCGGCCACAGUGAGGACGCGGGUGUGGUGUGUGAAGCCCUCUCUCCGGUGCGACUGGUGAACUCAGCAGACCGCUGCUCUGGCAGAGUGGAGGUGUACCACGACAGGCGCUGGGGUACAGUGUGUGACGAUUCCUGGGACCUGAAUGAUGCUAAUGUGGUCUGCAGGCAGCUGGACUGUGGCACAGCACGAUCUGCACCUACAAAUGCAGCUUUUGGACAGGGCACAGGACCCAUCUGGAUGGACGAGGUACGCUGUUUGGGAUCUGAGUCGUCAGUAACAGACUGUCGCCACAGUGGAUUUGGAAUUCACAAUUGUGGUCACAUCGAAGACGCUGGUGUCAUCUGUGAAGCUCCACUUCCUACUCCACCUCACUUUAUCACCACCACCAUCCCCACCCCUGAGUACAACAGCACUGGGGUGGAGGGAGAGGUGCGCCUGGUCAAUGGGGGGAACAGCUCGUGCUCUGGACGAGUGGAGAUCUUCCACCGAGGGCAGUGGGGCACCGUGUGUGAUGAUUCCUGGGGGACGCUGGAUGCUCAGGUGGUGUGCAGGCAACUGGGUUGUGGCAGGGUGCUCUCUGCUCCUAUGGCUGCUCGUUUUGGACAGGGCACUGGCCCCAUUUGGAUGGAUGAUGUGGCGUGUACAGGACAGGAGACUGAGCUAUCCGACUGUCGUCACAGUGGAUUUGGGAUCCAUAACUGCGGCCACAGUGAGGACGCGGGUGUGGUGUGUGAAGCCCUCUCUCCGGUGCGACUGGUGAACUCAGCAGACCGCUGCUCUGGCAGAGUGGAGGUGUACCACGACAGGCGCUGGGGUACAGUGUGUGACGAUUCCUGGGACCUGAAUGAUGCUAAUGUGGUCUGCAGGCAGCUGGACUGUGGCACAGCACGAUCUGCACCUACAAAUGCAGCUUUUGGACAGGGCACAGGACCCAUCUGGAUGGACGAGGUACGCUGUUUGGGAUCUGAGUCGUCAGUAACAGACUGUCGCCACAGUGGAUUUGGAAUUCACAAUUGUGGUCACAUCGAAGACGCUGGUGUCAUCUGUGAAGUGUAUGACCCAGAAAUCCAAGUCUACCAAUUUCUCUGUGGACAAGAUAAAAUCAAAGUUACCAUGAACAGGGUAACCGUGUCCUCCUCUGGUCUGGACCCUCUGUCUGGUCAUCUACUGGACCGCAGCUGCAUUCAAACCAGAGUGGAGAAUUACAUAGUGUGGUAUGAGAUCGAGCCACGAGUGGGAGUCUGUGGGAACAUCAGGAGGACUAACGGCACACACGUCAUCUACACUAACAGUUUAUUCCUCUACGCCCAAAAUGACUCCUUCCAUGUCCCGGCAACUCUCCCCUUCUCAUGUGUGUAUCCCCUGGAUGUAAACGCCAGACUCAAUGUUUCUCUCAGACCCUUAGUAUCAACUGGUGGCAUUAUUGCAUCAGGUGGAGUCCCAAGAACCUUAAUGUCUCUGUACCCAGACCCAAGCUACAACAGCCCUUACCCAUCGGGCAGUGUGAGUCUGCCAGUGGGCCAGCCUCUGUACGUCGGAGUAUAUGUGGAGGAGAAUGACCUAACUUUUGUAACUGUUCUGGACAACUGCUACUUCACAUACUCCUCCAACCCAAAUGAUCCAAUGAGACAUCCUCUAAUCCAAAACAAAUGUCCCUCUGACCCCCAACAGACGGCGGUGCUAGAGAGUGGGACGUCUCUUCGUGCUCGUUUCUCUACCCUCUUCUUCGUCCCUCAGGGUCAGUUCAGGACGGUCUACCUUCACUGCCACCUCAAUCUGUGCAACCCUGGUAACUGUGUCCCAGUUUGCUCAGGAAGGGCUCGCCGUUCAGUUUCUGAAGGUGUAGCGAUACAGCCCCUUACUGUUGGACCCAUCACAUGGGGGCCUAACUAAAUGCUUUCCAUACUUCUGCAAAGAUGUCGAUUAAGUUACUGUAAUGGCUCUCCAACAAUAGCCUUUAACUGAAUGUAUUUAUGUGAUGUCUCUGCUCUAUGAUAAAUAUGUACAGAUUUGUGUUAUAUUGUCCAAAG